GUGACCAUCUUUCUAAUUUAACAAGCUUUAAAAAAAAAUUGGGAAGGAAAACUUUGAUACUACCGAGCGAUUAGUGCAAAUAUAGAAAGAACGAGAUUGUGGCCGGUUAUUUAAACUUCCAUCACGAACGCUAGAUGUCGUGAGUCUACACAACACUUGUUGUCGUGACGCGACUUCACAGAACUCGUGAAAAAAACCGAGUUCGGCGGGCCCUUCUGUUCUUUUCCAUUAGAGGCUCGCAUUUGACAGGAACAACAACGCAACGCCAGAGCAGUCUCACUUUGUUUUGUUCAAACACAACAGAUACACACAAUUUACAACGCGUAUAAUUCAGUGAUAGUUUAGUUUAGAGUGUUUAGCUGACGUGGUGUGUUAUUUCGGAUUGUCAGUUACUUCUAGAGUCCAGAACAUUAAACUGAAAGUCGUUCUUCAAUAAGUAGGUCAGUUAUGGCUGAGCAGCGAGACUCUGUUGAUGCAACAAUUGCUCCUCUACAGGGUGAGGUUGAGGCUCUCCCCCUCGGGACUUUGGUACCGCCGAAAAUAACGAACGCCAACAGACCGAUUCACGGCAGUUUGUUUCAGUUUAAAUUGACAGAGAUCGCCCUGAUACGAGGCAUAGGCGGUGGGUUCCCAUUCCAUUUGGGCACGGAAAUUCAAGAGUUUGGGAAAUUCGAUGACUUGGUUUUCAAGUAUCAAGUGACGACAGGCGAUCAACGUCAACAGUGGCGCUACAAAUUUGUACAGGCCAAGCACAAGUUGGACGAAGGCAACUCACCACCGCAGAUCCUCAAGUCGCAGUCGCUGAUUCCUUUCCCGCGGGUGGGCCGAUCGCGAUCCUCGUUCAUCGCCAACGCCGUCGGAAGUGCCAGGAGCGGCGGAGCGGGAAAUCCCAUGAUGAUGAGUUCCAGAAGCAACGCCAACGUCAAAAGCCCCAACAACUGGAUGAUGAAUAACGCAGACAUCAAACGACACUUGAUCCCGUUCCCGAGGGUCGGCAAACGCCAGAAUCUCAUCCCGUUUCCCAGGGUGGGACGGGCCGGAUAUUACCAGCCUGGAUUCUUCCCCAGCACCGACGACGAGGAAAGCCAGGCCAGCAUCCAGCAGCAAUUCGCCCUGUCGUCCGAAGAGUCCCAGGCCUCCGCUCCGUCAUCUUUCCUCCUGUCUGGCAGCGAUAUUUUAGCAGGGGCUUUGAAUAAUGGGCGAUCCAAUAGCGACGAAAGGACCGCCGUAUUCAUCCCUCGUCGAUGGAUGACCAACAGCCAAGAAUCGGAGGAAUAAUAAAAGAGUUACGUACACACAGUCACUUUCUAUUUAUAAACACAUACAGGUCACCUCUGCUGUAUGGGCUUAUAUCUGACUAAAACUCAUUUCAACAAUAUCAUAUACGAUGCAUUCCGCAGCAGCUGAUCUCUAAAUGUUAUAUCCAAAAAUCAAAGUCAAGUGUUAAAAAUUCUUUUACUCUCUCAAAAAUAUCUGCUAUAUAACCAAAAGUUACUAACUUAGUCAAUGGUUGCGUCACCCCUUGGUAAUGGGGGUCGAAAGAAAAGAGAUAUAUUUCCUCCUAUCGCCAUCUCCAAUCAAAAUUUUACGCAGUCUGAAAAAGGGCUACAAAAACAAACAAAAUAACAUAUUUAUUUUGACAAUUGUAUCGUGAACCAAAAAUUAAACCCCACCCAAAAAAAGAAGAAUUUUCGGAGAACGGUAGAAACAUUUUUUAAUUUUUAAAAUUUGAAUAUACUGUCGUGUGCAAGAAACAGGUGUGUCGUUUCAAUGUUAUCAAUGGGGGAAAGGUUAUAUAAUUUCGAUAUUUAUUUGAUCUGCAGUGUCAACACUCAUUGGCUCAGCUCUGCUGUUGUAAGAAAAUAAAAUUUAAAAGCUUAUUGAAAACUCCAAAAAAUGUGUAAUACAAAAGAAUCUAAAUUA